CGGCGCUCGGCGACCCGGGUUCGAGUCCCCGCCUCGGCCGUCAUGGCGGACGCGGAGCCGGAGGCUGAGGACGGCAGUGAGGAUGGCGGCGGCGGCGGCCGGGCUCCCGCAGGCCAGAGCGGCAGUGCCGCGCGCGUGGUUCCGCUGGGCCCCGAACAGCUGCGGCGGGUCCUGGAGCAGGUGACGAAGGCGCAGCCACCCGCGAAGCCGCCGCCGCCGCCCUUCGUGCUGCAGGACGCGGCGCUGCGGUUGCGGGACGCGGCCCAGCAGGCCGCCCUGCAGCGGGGUCCCGGGGCCGAGCCCCCGCGCCCGCCGCGCCUGCUACCGCCGCAGCAAUUGGAAGCCAUUUGUGUCAAGGUUACAUCUGGAGAGACGAAAGCUCAGGGAAAGCCGAUGCCUGCACUGGCCACCAUCCCGCCCCAGACAGCCAGGCCGAGCCAGCCGCUCGGGAGACACUGCAGCGCGCUGGGGCUCCGCGUCGCCAGCUCUCGGCUGCCCGGGCCGCAGCCCCUCCUGAGCCCCGGGCCACAGCCGCGUUUCCCGAGUCACCCACCUCAGCCUCCCGUUCAGGUGUUCGUCCAGAGGCCGCCGCUCGCCCUCCGACCAGUCCCUGCGCGGAGAGUCUUGGCCUCUGAGGCCCUGAGUGGACAAGGCACCACGCCGCCCCCUCUGCCAGCCUCUGACCCGCCGGCAGGAACAUCUGCUUCAUCCAGUCCAGUAAAUUUAUUUAUUUCCAGCUCGCAAACAAAAUGCACCAAGAAACUAAAAAAAUCUUUAAAAGUGAAAACACGUUCGGGGCGGAUAUCUCGACCUCCCAAGUAUAAAGCUAAAGAUUAUAAAUUCAUAAAAACAGAGGAUUUGGCCGAUGGUCACCCCUCAGACUCUGACGACUACUCAGAACUGAGCGUGGAGGAAGAUGAAGACCACAGGGGAAGGCAGGCGCUCUUUGAUUUAUCGAGCUGCUCUCUGAGGCCCAAAACUUUUAAGUGUCAGACCUGUGAAAAGUCAUAUAUAGGAAAGGGGGGGCUCGCCCGGCACUUUAAACUGAAUCCAGGCCAUGGCCACCUGGAGCCUGAGCCGUUGCUGUCUAAGAAAGCCAAUGGGAGCAUGAUCCUGGGCCCCACAGAGGGCAGGACCGCCAGCCUGGCACCCCCGGAGCUGUCCACGCCAGCUCUUGUAAGUGAGGAAGUGGCGCACUCAGCACGGCGUGGCCUGCAGAAUGGUCAGUCUGUAGACGUUGAAGAGGCGCUGGUGUCUGAACCAAAAAAUGGAAGUUUUUCAGCCCUUUUGGGAUCAGAGAGACACCCCGGACCUAGAAGAAGCGGCUACUGCGUGGCCCUCCCAGAGCCCAGCGCCGCCGUCCUGGAGCAGAGCGGAGCGGUUCGCCCGCAGGUGGGCGUUGGGGCAGUUUGUGCACAGGGCCCAGCAAGGAGCAGAGCCAGGCUCCUGGAGUUUCUCCACCAGUGUGACCGGGAGGAUCUAGUGGAGUUGGCUCUGCCUCUGCUGGCUCAGGUCGUGACCGUGUCUGAAUUUCUUCUGAUGAAGGUUGAAAAAGGUCAUCUAGCAAAACCUUUCUUCCCAGCUGUGUACAAGGAAUUUGAAGAGUUGCAUAAAAUGGUUAAGAAAAUGUGUCAAGAUUACCUCCGUAGCUCUGCUCCCUGUUCUCUGGAAAUAAACAACAGUAAGGUUGCCGAGUCCUUAGGAAUCACAGAAGAAUUCCUGAGGAAAAAAGAAAUACACACGGACUGCACUCCUCCCAAGUGCACCAGCCGAGAGGAGGACCGGGAGGCGCUGGAGGAUGCUGGCCCACAGAAGAGGGAGAACGAGACCACAGAGGAGAGGCUGGCUUCGGUGAAAAGGACCAGAAGAGAGCCUGUGCCCCGGGACACCACAGAGUAUUCUGCCGACGGUGGAGGCCUGCAGGGGCCGGCCUCGUGCGCCCCAGAGGCCAGUGCGGGUUUUGCCCCUAGAGUAAAUGGGGGCGCCUCUCACCCACCUGAAGAAAGUCCCACGAUGCCGGUUUCUGAGCUCGACAGCAGCACAGCACAGGCGGGCCAGCAGCUGAAAGCGUUUGCUGACUCAGCCGCUGGGAGUGGGUCUGCAGACCCUGCUCUCUUGUUUCGAGAAGCCCGUGGGCCGGGGGUUUAUACUCAGUUAGGAAAACCAGGAUCGCUGGCCCAGGACCGGGUGGCAACGUCCUCUGGGGAGAAGGCCCAGGAGCACUCGUCAGAACAGGACGCUGGGGACGGCCUGGGAAGCCGGGCUCUCUGCGGCACCUCGAUGGUCCUGCCACCUGGCCGGCCUGGAAAUGCAGAGGCGGGAAGCCUCCGCGAGGUGUGUAGCCCCGGCGAGGUCCUGCUUCCGGAGGCCGCGGCCCCGCCGCAGGAGAAAGCAUGGUCCGUGGACGUCAUGCCAGCCGGCUAUGCCCACGGCACCACGUCCGAGCCGGGGCCUCAGCCCAGCCGGGGCGGAUUGCUGGGUCCUGAAGGGGGCCUCACAGGCCACGCGGGGGACUUGGACCAGUCGCCCUGCGGGACCGAGACACACGCUGACCGGAGGGAGCUGGAGGGCAUCACUGCCGUCAGGGAAGCCAUGGCUUUUGAAAAUGCCAGUGGGGGCCCCACGUUGCUGUCCCAGCGACAGGAGCAGAUAUUUAUCCAGACUUCUGAUGGGCGUAUCUUGUCCCAUCCAGGCUCCGUAGUGUCUGGGGAGGGGGACAUUGUCAUAGUGACCGACACAGAGGGGCCUGCCCUGCAGGCGGGCCCCCCGGAAGGGGUUCCUCUGGAAACCGUGGAGACGGAGCCCCCUCAGUGAAGUAGAGCCGGAGCCGCAGUCCUAGAUUUGUAUGUAUUUUACCCGGAGGUCUACUUCAAGGAAUGUUUAUUUUUCUAAUGUGAAUACUGACACACAAGUGAACAUUUUAUUUAUAAAGAAUAAUGUCUUUCUA